UGGUUAGUGUUUUCGUUUCGGUUCAAUGGAGUGGGUGUAAAUAAAAAAGUUGUGAGAACCAGUCUAUGUAAAUACUUCCGGUCUGAACUUCCGGCAAAAUGGCAGAAAAUCAAACAGAAGAGAAAAUGGACAUUAAAUCCGAGUCAAACGGUGGUCAUGGUGAUGCUGCCAUAAAUGAGACAACUAAUGUAUCAAGUUCAACGUCCAAACAGGAAGAUACCUCAGAAACAAAAGCACCAGUUAAGAAAGAAAAGGAAACUGAGUUAGAAAAAUAUUGGAAACCUGUGAAAGAAAAUCCAGGAGAUUUUACAGGCUGGACAUACCUUCUACAAUUUGUUGAACAGGAGAAUGAUAUUGAGUCAGCAAGGCAAGCAUAUGAUGCAUUUCUUAGUAGAUAUCCAUAUUGUUAUGGUUAUUGGAAGAAGUAUGCAGAUUUAGAGAAACGACAGGGUGAUCUGAAAAAGUCUGUUGAGAUAUUUGAGAAAGGUGCAAAGGCCGUCCCACUUAGUUCAGAGUUGUGGCUACAUUAUAUAACAUUUUACAUCAAGGAAUUUAUCAACGAAGAAGAAACCAGGAAACUUUAUGAAAGGGCUUUAACAGCAGCAGGGACUGACUUCAGGUCUGACAAAUUGUGGGACAAUUAUAUAAACUGGGAGAAAGAACGAGAUCUCCGGAGAGUAACAUCCCUUUAUGAUAGAUUAUUCAGGAUUCCUACACAAUUAUACAGUCAUCACUUUGAUAAUUUCAAAAAACAUGUUUUAAAUCACCAUCCUAAAGAGAUUUUAAGUCUUGAUGAGUUCUUUAAGUUACGCACAGAGGUUGUGAAGGAAACAGAUGGUCCAUUGAUACCUGAAGGUGAUGAUGCCCCUCCCCCUGGUGAUGAACCCCCACCAGGAAUGGAACCUAGCACUGACAAGGGAGAUGCAGAAGAAGCUAUGAAAGUGCGGGAAAAGAUUCUUAACACAAGAGAAGUCUGGUUCAAACAGAAUGAGGAGGAAGUUAGCAAAAGAUGGACUUUUGAAGAAGGGAUCAAGAGACCAUAUUUCCAUGUAAAACCUCUGGAGAGGUCUCAGUUAAAGAAUUGGAGGGAGUAUUUGGAUUUUGAGAUUCAGAGUGGUACACAUGAGAGGGUUGUUGUCUUGUUUGAGAGGUGUAUGAUAGCAGCGGCCCUGUAUGAGGACUUCUGGCUGAAGUAUGCAAGAUAUCUGGAAGAGCACUUCACAAAUCUGAAAAAGGCAGGCUGUGACACAGAGGGAAGCUUAAAUAAGUUCCAGACACUAGAUGAAGGAGGUUUAGAAGCAGUAAGGAAUGUAUACAAACGAGCUUGUAAUGUUCAUCUUCCAAAGAAACCAUAUAUACACAUGGCAUGGGCAGCUUUUGAGGAAAGACAAGGAAAACAUGGUGAUGCAUGGAGAAUAUUGACUAAUCUGGAGGAGACCUUGCCUGGUAUGGUGAUGGUUGCUAUGAGACGUAUAAGUCUAGAACGUCGCAUUGGUGACAGAGAUAAAACAGAGAUGCUCUUUCAAGAAUAUAUUGAAAAAUCUACAGAUCUCAGUGUCCGAGCUUUUUAUGUCAUCAAAUAUGCAAGAUACCUAUUCAAGGUUCUGGGAGAUGAGGUCAGGGCUAAGAAAAUCAUUUUUGAAGCACUUGAAAAAGAUCCAAAAAAUGAGAAAUUGUACAUCCAGUUGUUAGAUAUAGAAUACCAGAAACAUCCAGUCAAUGUUGAUAGUGCACUAGAGAUAUUCUCCAAGGCUUUAGAAAGUGAAGAACUUUCUGUUUCCACAAAGAUAAAGAUGUCACAGAGAAGGCUGGAAUUUCUGGAAGAUUUUGGAUCUAGUAUUGUUCAGUUGAAGGAAUGUUAUGAUGAGCACCAAAAACUGAUUAAAGAUAUGCAGUCAGAGAAAAAGAGAAAAAGUAGCGAUACAGUGGAGUCUGAACCUGUAGAAAAGAAAAUAAAGACAAAUGGGGCAACAGAGCAACCAGCUUCUGACUAUAGUGCUUACUGGUCACAAUAUCAGACUGCAGCAGGUUAUUCCUAUCCGGCCACCUGGAGUGGGUAUGCACAACAAUAUUACAAUUCCUGAGAGAUUACUUACAAUGUGCCAUAAACAGUCUUAUGAUUUAUCUCAUCAUUCAGAGUGAUUUGAUUGUUGCCAUUCUUGUAUUUGUUGAAGACAAGAUUUAGCCAUUUGACUACACUGUGUGUAUCUAUUAGCACAUUUGUACAGAAAACUUAUGAAAAAGGUGGCUUUACAGCAGUGCUAGGAUAGCACAUUUGUACAGAAAACUUGUGAAAAAGGUGGCUUUACAGCAGUGCUAGGAUGUACCAGUUGAAAGGUGCUCAGUUGUUAUGUUGUUUUUUUAGC